AUGGUGCAGGGCCACCAGCCCCGCGCCCUCCUCCUGCGGAACAGGUUCAGGGGCGAGCGCCGCAGCGCCGGGGAGCGGCACCAGCGCCGGGAGAGCCGCCGGGAGAGCCGGGCCAGGGACAGCCAGGCCCGGGAGAGCCAAGCCCGGGAGAGCCGGGGCAGGCAGAGCCAGGCCCGGGAGAGCCAGGGCCAGGAGAAGCAGGGCAGGUCGGACUGGGGUGGGGGUGUGGGGGGGGGGGGGGGGGUCAGGCUCGGCGCGAUCUCCGGUGGAGCGGAGAGCCCGGUGGGGUCUCCGCGCCCUUGCGGUUACGGUCCCUCGGCGUCCAGCGCUGCCAUCCGCGGAUGUCACCGCUGCGAUCCCUCGGCGUCCAACGACGCGAUCCUCCGUUGUCCCGCCGCCCCGGGGGUCUCCGGCCGCUCCAGUGUCACCGGGAUCCUCGGGUGGCGGCCACCCCGUUCUGGGGGGCUCCAGUGGCCACCGGGAUCCUCGGGUGGCGCCCGCCCCAGUGUGGGGGGCUCCAGUGGCCACCGGGAUCCUCGGGUGGCGGCCGCCCAAUUCUGGGGGGCUCCAGUGGCCACCGGGAUCCUCGGGUGGCGGCCACCCCAGUGUGGGGGGCUCCAGUGGCCACCGGGAUCCUCGGGUGGCGGCCGCCCAAUUCUGGGGGGCUCCAGUGGCCACCGGGAUCCUCGGGUGGCGGCCGCCCCAGUGUGGGGGGCUCCAGUGGCCACCGGGAUCCUCGGGUGGCGGCCGCCCAAUUCUGGGGGGCUCCAGUGGCCACCGGGAUCCUCGGGUGCGGCCGCCCCGGGGUCUCGGCCCGGGCCCGGGCUCCGCUCCGCUCUCCGCCGCUCCCGGUCCCAAACUGGGUCCCCGCUGUCCCGCCGCCGCUUUAUAUACCCGGCCGGAGCCCCGGCCACGCGGCCGUCAGCCAAUGGGAAUCGAGAAACCAGCGUGGGGGCGGAGCAACCAGCGUUGCACAUUGUGAGGAAACAGAGGGGAGGCGUGGCCAGAACGCAGCCGAGCGAUCUGAUUGGUCGGGGGGAGGCGGAGCGUUCCAAAAGGGGCGGGGCCAGGAGGGGGGUGUGA